AUGAUUAGCAAAACAAGAGCAGCUGAACAAUUAAUGGCUAAAAUGAAGCGAGUUGUUCGAGCUGGUGGACCUGAUCCUAAAUUCAACAAGGAUUUAGUGCAAUUACAAUUAGAAUAUAGAAAUGCGAAUUUUCCCGAUGAAACGUUUCAACGUGCGUUAAAAAAUGCUCAACUGCAACCAGUAAAAACAGCGAAGUUAACUUUACUUGGGCCUUGUGGGUCAGUUUUCAUCAUCGAAUCAGAAGGUUUAUCUCAAAAAAAAUUGCUAGAAUUCCUUACAGCAUCUUUGGAUAAGAUUGGUGAUGGAUUUCAUUUGUCAAAGAACGAUUAUAGCAGAACUUUUGAGGACAAAGGUGUUAUUAUCGUUAGUGCUAUCAAAGCUAAUAAAACAUUAUCAUUAGAUGAGAUGGAAGAAGUCUGUAUAGAAUUGGAUUGUGAUGAUGUGAAUAAAUUUGAAGAAGAUGGAGGAACAUUUUAUGAAUUAAUAUGUGUACGAAAUAAAUUUACUCAAUUAUUGGCUAUCGUUGAGGAACAAGGGUUCAGUAUUAAAUGUUCUACUUUGGAACUACGCGCGAUCAAUCCGGUUAAAAUAGAAAAAAAUGAAACAGAAAAGAUUAUUCGGUUAUAUCAAAUGCUACGGGAAAAUCAGGGUAUCACACAAGUUCACGCUAACAUCAUGCCAAAUUCUAUACCAAUAAGGCCUCUAAAGUUAAAAGCUGCAUUAGAGUGA